CCCGUUGCCGCCGCAAAUGUCUUCCGCUGCGCCGCUCGCCCUAGGGCUUCCUCGCGGCGGCUGCUUCCGCCGACAGGGAGCUCGAGCAACAGGUCGAGGAUGCGGGCAACAAGCUCCUUAAUCCCGUCUUCACAAUCUGUCGGUGAAAUUUGGCAAUCGAAACAGCGUAAUCGAAUCCCCUCCUCUGUAUUCAGCGCUCUUCUUCCGUCGACAGCCGCCAUGCCUUCCGUUCUCCUUCCUCAAUGGCGACGGUCGGAGACCAGCCUUCUCUCUCCUUCCUCAACGGCGACGGGCGGAGCAUCAGAGGUGGAGACCGACCUUCUCUCUCCUUCCUUAACGGCGGCGGGCGGAGCAGCAACAGAAGUGGAGACCGGCCGGCGACGGGUAAAGGAAAAAUUGGCAAUUAGGGAUUAGGGCGAUGAAGUGGCAGAGCUCUAUGGGAAUUGGCGGCGAUCGUUAGAGGGAUUGGGGUAGUAUCGGCAGUUUUCCCAAAAUUUAGUGGUAUCCGGAUACCCUAAACCCCCUGG